AUGUUCGCCCGCCGUCUCGCCACCGCUCUCCCCCGCGUCCAGGUCGCCCCCUUCCACAGCACCGCACGCAACCUCGUCCAGAAGGGCGACCCCAUCCCCAACCUGAACGUCCUCGUCGAGAACUCUCCGGGUAACAAGGUCAACCUCGCCAAGGAGAUCAAGGGCAAGGCUGUUAUCGUUGGCACCCCCGCCGCCUUUAGCCCCGCUUGCUCCAGCACCCACGUUCCGGGAUACAUUAACCACCCCAAGCUGAAGGAGGCUGGCCAGGUCUUUGUCGUUUCCGUCAAUGAUCCCUUUGUCACCCAGGCAUGGGGCGUUUCCCUGGACCCCCAGGGCAAGAGUGGCGUCCGCUUCCUCGGCGACCCAACCGGCAAGUUCACCGAGGCCCUUGACUUGAGCUUCGACAGCGUCGCCAUCUUCGGCAACAACCGUAGCAAGCGGUAUGCUCUGCUGGUGGAGGAUGGCAAGGUCAAGGAGGCCUUUGUCGAGCCUGAUAACACGGGCGUGAACGUGUCUGCUGCGGAGAAGGUGCUCGGUUAA